UUCCAGAAACACUCGGGAGUUUGACUCAUCUGAAGAACCUUGAUUUGUCAGAGAAUUCAGACAUCGGAGGUCAGUUGUCGAGAAACUUGGGAAUGCUAUGCAAUUUGCAGUCUCUUGAACUUUCAAUCAAUAAAGUUACUGGUGAGAUAACUGAGUUCAUUGAUAGUUUGUCUAUAUGCCCAAACAGCAGCUUAGAGAGGUUGGAUUUAGGUUAUAACAGUCUGACAGGAAAUUUGCCUAAUUCAUUGGGACUUCUUAAGAAGUUAAGAUACCUCACGUUGUGGUCCAACUCAUUUCAGGGUUCUAUCCCAGAAUCUAUUGGAAACUUGACAUCUUUGGAGGAAUUUUACCUUGCAAGAAAUAAACUGGGUGGAGUCAUCCCAGAAAGUUUUGGGCAGCUCUCAUCACUCGUUGCGGUAGAUCUGUCUGAAAACACAUGGGAAGGUGUUGUAACAGAAGCUCAUUUUCUGAAACUUCGAAGCUUAAAAGACGUGUCAAUCCAGAAAGCCUCCCCAAACAUUUCCCUAAUUUUCAACAUUAGUUCUAAUUGGAUACCUCCUUUCAAAUUGAGAUUCUUGAACCUUAGAUCAUGUCAACUGGGUCCCAAAUUUCCUGCAUGGCUUCGAAAUCAGACUGAGCUUGUCACGGUGGUCCUCAAUAAUGCUAAGAUUGCAGAUACCAUACCAGAUUGGUUUUGGCAAUUAGAUUUGUUAUUGGAUGAACUAGAUGUUGCUUACAAUUAUCAACUAGGCGGCAAGGUACCUAACUCGCUAAGGUUCAGCUAUCCUGCUACUGUUGAUUUGAGUUCAAACCUGUUUGAGGGCCCCCUCCCACUUUGGUCAAGAAACGUUACAUCGCUGGACCUCAGGGAUAAUUUAUUUUCGGGGCCAAUUCCUUCGAACAUUGGUGAUGUGAUGCCCUCCUUGUCAGAUUUAGACAUCUCUAGGAAUGGUUUGAGUGGAAGCAUUCCCCUGUCUUUAGGUAAUCUAAGCCUACUGACAACCAUGGUUCUCUCAAAUAAUUACUUGUCUGGUGAAAUUCCUCAUUUCUGGAACAAUUUACCAUUCUUGUAUAUUGUAGAUAUGUCAAACAACAGCCUCUCUGGUACAAUUCCAAUAUCCAUGGAUUCUCUUGAUUCACUCUUGUACUUGAUUCUCUCUAGUAACAACUUGUCAGGCAAACUUCCUUCAUUGAGAAACUGUACUGGCAUGAAGAGUCUUGAUCUUGGGGAAAAUAAGUUCUUUGGAAACAUUCCAGCGUGGAUAGGAGAAAGCAUGCUCUCUUUGUUGAUUUUACGCUUGAGUUCCAACUCAUUCACCGGAAGCAUUCCUUCACAGUUGUGUGGCCUUUCCAAUCUUCACAUAUUGGACCUCUCACACAAUAACCUGUCUGGUCAUAUUCCCCGCUGUGUUGGUAACUUGAGUGGCUUGAAAACAUCUGUAUUCUCAGAUAAAGAUACAUCAUACCUUUACCAGGGAAAGUUGAAGGUGGUGGCAAAAGGAAGAGUGCAAGACUUCGAUCCCACUCUCUAUCUUGUUAAUAGCCUAGAUCUCUCAAACAAUAACUUAUCAGGUGAGAUGCCGAGGGAGCUCACGAGCCUGAUAAAGUUGUGGACCUUGAAUUUAUCCAUGAAUCAUCUGACAGGAGUAAUGCCAUCAAGGAUUGGGAGCAUGGAGUCGAUAGAAACUCUUGAUUUGUCACUAAACCAGCUUUCAGGUUCCAGUCCACAGAGUAUGGUUUCAUUGACAUUCUUGAAUCAUCUAAACCUCUCAUACAACAACUUGUCUGGGACAAUCCCAACAGGCAACCAGUUUAACAGCCUGGUUGAUCCAUCAAUAUAUGAAGGCAAUGCUGCUCUUUGUGGUUAUCCGUUGCGUGAUUGCCAAGUCAAUGGCGGAACUCCUCAGGGUCCAAGUGAAGGUGGAGAAGACACUGGCUUUAAAAUGUGGGGUUUCAUCAUCAGCAUGGUGAUCGGUUUCGUUAUGGGGUUCUGGGGAGUUUGUGGGAGUUUGAUCAUCAGCAAGUCUUGGAGGAAGAAAUAUUUCCACUUCACUGACAAAAUGAUUGUUGCUUGUAUACGGAAAUACCAGAGGGCACCGGAAAUUUAAGUAGUUUUACUUCAAACCUUUUUUUUUUGUUUGUUUGGUCAUUCAGGAGUAAGCUUGUUGUUUUCUGUUCCUAAUAAGAGUUUGUAAGCUUUAGUCAAACUAUGUUUAAGAAUAAUAGAAUUGAGAGAGAUUGAUGACAGAAUUGUGUGUGUUCUAUUAUUGAUA